AUGGCCUCUCUUCCUCGACGCUUUCGGGCCUCGACCUCGACCUCGACCCAACCCACGUCCAAGGCCUUUGACAUUCUGCGCGGCUUGAUCGACAGCCUCGCGCGCGACACGGCUUCGUCGGGCCCCAGCGGAUACCCAGACAUCAACAAGCUCCGCAAGAGCCUGCAGCAAAUCUGCCAACAUGUGGCUGCUUCGACAUCGUCGGCGCUGCGGGACGACUUUCGCCAUGCGCGUGGUUUUGAAUCUGUCUCGGCGGUCCUUCGCGGCUUUUCAGGAUACUACGAUCCGCACAAACGAAGCGAGCCUGAGAUGCUCUCGCUAUUCGCGCUGCUGGGGGACUGUCUGAGCGUUCUGUCGGCUGCGCUCAAGGGCCAUUCCGGCAACAGGCGCUUCUUCCGAUAUCGCGUCGAGGGGGGCGGAUGGGACGCUCUCGAUUGCCAUCUGUUUGGCAAGCUGCUUGCUUUCUCGCUCGACGAAGACGGCUUGGAUCUCCUCUGCCAGUCCAUUGCCAAGGCACUGCGGUCGGAAUCCACCAGUGGUUCGAGCCAGACUGACGAGAAGAGGCCCGUCGACGAAGAAGACGAGCAAUGGGAUCUCGCGCUGGCACGCUCCAUCGAGAGCAUAGCGCCUGCAGUUCGAGAAGUCGUCAGUUCCAAUACCAUCAUCCGCUUCCCCGAGAUCCUCAGAGCCGUCGUAAGCUUCUGGAAGGCCAUUCCGCGACCCCAAGACUCUUCGGCGAGCCCCAGCUCAGUGCUCCUCCUCGAGACCAUAUUGUGCGCCAUUUCAACUUCCUUCUACAACCGUGCCGCUGUUCACUCCACCGGCGUCCUGUCCCAAUUUCUCCACGUGGCUUUUGGACAAGAUUCUUGGCUUGCGCAGCCCGAACGCGAGAAGCUGCUGGCGAUAUGCAAGUUGCUCAUGUUUCUGGGAGUCAAUCGGCCGGCUGAUACUCAGUUUCUUCUCACCGUCCCGGGAUCUGAGGCUUCUGACUUUUGCCUGGAAAUGAUGGCCGAGCACGCGGGACCGCCCUUCUUCCAGUUCGACUUGUCGCUCAACGGACAUUCUUCCCUCGAGCUGCCCAGCCUCGGCCGCACGUUCCCCCCCCAGUCGACUGGCGGCUACACCUUUACAGCAUGGAUCCGCAUCGAGUCCUUUGAUCCGAAUGCCCACACAACCAUCUUUGGCGUCUUUGAUGCCUCGCAGACAUGCUUCGUGCUCAUAUACCUCGAAAAGGACACCCACAACUUGAUCCUCCAGACCUCCGUCUUCUCCAACAAGCCCAGCGUGAGGUUCAAGACUGCCGUGUUUCAAGAAAAGCAGUGGUAUCACGUCGCUGUUGUUCACCGGAGGCCCAAAACCAUGACCGCGAGCAAGGCAUCCCUGUACAUCGACGGGGACUUUGCCGAGCAGAUUCGCUGCAGCUACCCCAGCGCGCCUCCGCUCCUAAACGGCAGCACCGAGAGCUUCGUGUCGUUCAACUCGAGUCAGAACAGAACGAAUCCGGUGCAGGCGUUUCUCGGGACACCCCGCGAGCUGUCUGGGCAAACGGGCCCCGGCGUUGUCUCUUCACAAUGGUCGCUUGCCUCGGCCCAUCUGUUCGAGGACGUCUUGACGGAUGACUACUUGGCGGUCCACCACGGCCUGGGCCCACGCUAUCAGGGGAACUUCCAAGAUAGCCUCGGCGGUUUCCAAACAUACGAAGCGUCGGCUGCCUUGGGCCUUCGCAAUGAAAUCGUCCACCCAGGCAAAGAUGAGAAUUCGGACAUUCUGCGAGCAGUGCGAGAAAAGGCGAGCUCACUUCUCCCGGAGUCCAAGAUCCUCCUCAGCGUCCUCCCUACCGCGACGUUUCCCGAACACGUGCAGUACAUGGACACUGGUGUCCUCCGCUCUCUGCCUCGGGCGUCGAUACGUAAUCUCUUCCAUAUGGCCAACCAAGAAGGGUCGCCGCUGGCUGUCAACUGCGCAGUCUCGAGUUUGUCGGAUGCUCUCUUCAGAACCCAUGGGAUCGCAUCGCUCCGGGGCACCCCCAUCAUUGUCGUGCCGUCGCACCUGGACGAGCAUCUGUGGCGUCUCGCUGGCUUCACACCUCUGGCUCUCAAGCUGCUGGAGAGAGCGUCGACGGUGGAGGAGACUGUCCGCGCCCUCGAGAUUGUUUUCCACUGCAUCCGCAGGAGUUGGCGCAAUAGCGAGGCCAUGGAGAGGGACAAUGGGUAUGGCAUCUUGGGCAUGAUCCUGCGAUUCAAAAUCGGAUACGGAAACCUUGCAGCCGGGGACGUGCCGGUAUCUCGACUAUUGAUAUCCGCUGAGGAACGCGACAGCCUGACACUUCGGGUGCUGAGCCUGGUAUUGGACUUUGUGGGCUACAACCAUGUAGACCCCAUCGAGUCCUUCAUCGUCAACCCGCUUGCCUACCGGAUCCUCCUCAUUGACUUGGACAUUUGGCGACGGUCUGCGCCGCGCACCCAGGAGCUAUUCUACAGGCAGUUUGUGACAUUUGCCGUAAACAGCAAGCAUCACGACUUCAACAGUAGGAGGUUGAUCCGAAUGCGAAUCGUGAAAAGGUUGCUCGACGCCAUGAAGGGCGAGGGAAUUUCUGACGACGUUCUGGACCACUUCAUGAAUGCAUUUGAAGCCCUCGUCAAGUCAAAUCUCAGCCAAGAGGUGCUGAGGUCGAUGUCGCUGUUCAUUACGUAUGCCUUUCACACACCGCCCCCAUCGACAUCGCGAACACCCAGGCCCCUUUCAGCCAUUUCGCGUUCCAGCACACCCGGCCUUGGCAAGAGAGGACCUGGGGAUGUCAGCAGAACGCACAGCCCCUCUGUCGGGAGUAAGAUGCUCUCAAAGAAACUCCUCGGCAAACGGGUGUUGAGCAUGUACUCUGGGAUUCUCUGCGAAAAGGGCAACAUCAACAACGUCAAGAAGUUUGCCCGAACGGUGACCAACAAGUGGCUGCUUUAUUUAUUGGCAGACGACGAUGCCACCGUUGUCCUCCAUGGCUGUAAGAUCCUCUCCAGGCUCCUCGUGGUCCAGGGCUCUUCAUACGCGUCCAAGUUUUCGGGGAAAUCCGGGGGGUUCACAAUCGUGGCGAGCCGGCUGAAGCGGUUCUGGGACAUCCCCACGAUCUGGCCAAUCUGUUUCAGCAUCCUGUUCGGAUUUGAUGUUGCGGACAUUGAUUUUGAUCGCAACUUCGACGUGGACGAGCUGUUUGGCAUGUUUGGCAAGCGGAAAGUCGUCUACCCUGAUGCGUUAAUCGUUAUCACGUCUUUGCUGCAGCAUGGCCUGAAGGAGGUCAUGAGGCACCAAGAGGAUCCCGAUUCGCCGGCGAAACUGGAUCCGCCAACCGCGGCCCCGAACGCGGCUCUGAAGCCUGACGUUGAUUAUCGAGCGCUGUCGAUGGCCCUGGAUAGGGCGCUGGAGUCACGACUGGCAUUUUCAAAGAACCACGAAAGGGUGGCUAGUCGUGUUGGCGUCUUGGGAACGACUGUCCGUUUUCUGCAGGUGCUUCAGGCGCGAUCACAAGAGUUUCGCGACUUUACCCUGGGCUCCGAGUGGGUUCGCAUGCUGCUCUUGGCGUUGUAUCCCGUCAUUGUUAGCACGGAUGCGGUCACACCUGACGUCGAAUUAAACUCUCGAGACUCGGCUCUUACGUUCGAUGGCAGCGACGUCAUCAUCAGGCCGAUUGGAGGAGGCCCGGCUGCCGCUCCGAUUGUGAGGACGAGCACAGUGGAUAUUGCGCCAUCGCCACAAGCAACGCCUCCCAAGGGCACACCGCUUCGUCGAGCCUCGUCCUUUGUUCUCUUGACUGCGCAAACCGUAGCUCGUGCUGAUGACCUUUGGCCGGCACCCGCCCCGCAGCUCAAGCUUCAACAGAGCCAUGGCGGCGUCCUUUCUGAAGAGAUGCUGGACUUGCUGCUCGGUGUCUUUGUGGAUCAGGUAUUCACACGCAAAGACUUCGCAGGCUUCGGUCUGUUCAGCAAGGUGCCCCCAGGGUUCCAAGAGCAUCAGGCCUACCUUGAAUCAUACAUACUGAAGCGGGUCAUUACAAAAGUCUCGGGAAAGAUUCAAGGCAAUGAGAAUAUCACUUGCGAGCCGCGGAUACUCACAAAUCUGUCCCGGCUCUGUUUGCAUAUUUCCGAGGCCAUUUUCGAGGGCUGGUUUAUCGAUGGGGCGGAAGUCAUGAUUGACUUUAGCGGCAUGCUGAUUGAAAUGCUCCAGCGGCCCGAAAUCUCGAAGCUCAAGAGCGUCCGUCUGUGCAGCCAGGCGGUCUCUAUGGUCCGCAGCUGCUUCCUCAGGAUCAUCCUCCUCAAGCUUUCGGAUCUGGACAACCCCCGAAUUGCGGAGAAGGAGGCGAAGGACUUCAUGAACAAGCUCGCUUAUUGGCAGAUGCCGAUUCUCGAGUGCUUUUCGCUGGAGGAUGAUUACCUGAAGCUGUUUUGGUACCAGCUUUACACGAAGCUCAUUGAUGACAAGCCAUCCAUCCGGAUUGCCGCUGCCAACUUUCUGCGCAUCGUCCUCGUUCAGAAACCGGAGGAGUCCAUCACAACGAUUCGCUCAUGCAUGGCGUCGGAUCAAAGAAAACUGUCGAGGGAGUUCCAGAAGCUCACGGAAGUGGAUGACGAGACGUUUGUGAUUUGGGUAGACCAGCAUCGGCCGUCUUUGGACGGGCUCUUCUUCGGCAGUAUGGCGAAGACGUGGGAAGACUUUGUCAGCACGGAGAACCAACGGACGUGCGAGACGGCAAGGAGCCGCCUGUGGAAGCGCAGGGAGAGGCUCAAGGCGUGGCAUUCAGAGUUCGUCAGCGCGGAAAAGGCGCUACUGAAUCAUGAGGUGGGCAACAGCGCUUGGAUGAAGAGCAUCUACAACACAGAGUACUUCAAGUAUCAGCGUCUCCUGCAAGACCAACAAGACGACCUGUCUUUCCUCACGGCAGCCUACAGCAAGAUGGAGCGGGAUCUGCGGAGGCCGGGCGCAGUCUUUAGCGAGCCAGCUCCGCCCAAGUGGAAGUUGGAUCGGACUGAGGGGCGCAACCGGAUGAGGCUGCGGCUGCUGCCGGAUUCUGCCGGCGCCGAUGUCAAGUAUCAGCCGAAGAGGAAAGCAGGCGAAGCGCGAUCCCGUGCAACAUCAAGUGGACCGUCGGACACGCCGCCGUCUUUGAGUCGCUUCAGCGGCAACGACGAUGCGUCGACUUUGAACCCGGAGCCUGCGCUGGCGUCCGACCAGUCAGAGUCAGGAUGUGCCCCCGAAGACGACUUUGAGCUUGUCGACGACCCCAACGAUCCCAACGAGGGCGACGAGAACUAUGAGGACAAGAAUCGCAAGGUGAUGCGGCGGCUCGAGCACGGCGAUCACGUACAGGCUGCCCACAACAUGUCGCGCAUCACCGGUCUCGAGGCUUGCGAAGGCCUUCUGAUUGUGGGCAAAGACGCUCUCUACAUCAUGGACAAUGUGUUUCAGUGUGCAAGCGGAGAUAUCGUCAAUGUGUGGGAGGCUCCGGCCGACGAGCGCGAUCCCUUCACCAUGGUCGUCACUGGCGCCAAGACGCUGGAAAGGCGACAGAACUCUGCAACCCGAGACCAGGAAUGCAGACACUGGAAGUGGCAAGAUGUCAUCAGCGUCUCCAAGCGCCGAUUUCUCUUUCGCGACGUCGCCAUUGAGAUAUUCUUUACAGAUGGACGGAGCUAUCUGUUGACGACAAUCAAUCCCGCCAUCAGAGAUCAGCUGUUUGCCAAGAUGCUCAGCAAGGCGUCUCACACGAGUGCGCCAAACGCACUCCCAAAUCCGGAGGAUGCUUGGAGACUGGAAGCGCUCAAGUCGUUUGAUGACUCUCCCCAGGGGUUUGGGGCUGGACUGGGGACACGACUCGGGACCUUUUUUAAUGCGACGCCUUGGAAUCCCGUCAUGAAGCGAUGGCAACGAGGGGAAAUGUCCAACUUUCACUACCUGAUGAUGGUCAAUACCAUGGCGGGAAGGACUUUUAAUGAUUUGACCCAGUACCCCGUCUUCCCCUGGGUACUCGCCGACUACACCAGCGAAGAUCUGGACCUGGAGGAUCCAGCGACCUUUCGAGACUUGUCGAAGCCGAUGGGGGCGCAGACAGACGGGCGGGUCGCCGGCUUCGUGGAGACGUACAAUGCGCUGCAAGAGAUUGGCCAGACUCCCUUCCACUACGGCACGCACUACUCAUCAGCCAUGAUUGUGUCGUCGUACCUCAUCCGCCUUCCGCCGUUUGUGCAGUCGUAUCUGCUCGUCCAGGGCGACAGCUUUGACCACGCUGAUCGCCUGUUCCAGUCCAUCGGAGACGCGUGGACCUCGGCCUCGCGCAAGAACAAGACGGACGUCAGAGAGCUCAUCCCCGAGUUUUUCUGCCUGCCCGAAUUCCUGACAAACAUCAACGGGUACGACUUUGGGCAUCGCCAGAGCAACGGGGCCAAGGUGGAUAACGUGGCCUUGCCGCCGUGGGCAAAGGGCGACCCCAAAAUCUUCAUCGCUAAGCACCGCGAGGCGCUCGAGAGUCGCUACGUGAGCGAGAAUCUGCACCACUGGAUCGAUCUCGUCUUUGGGCACAAGCAACGAGGCGAGGCGGCGGUGGAAAACGUCAACGUCUUUCAUCACCUGUCGUACGCGGGCGCGAGUGACUUGGACCGCAUCACGGAUGCCAAUGAGCGGGCGAUUACGGCGGGCGUGAUUCACAACUUUGGGCAGACUCCACAUCAGGUGUUUGCCAGGCCGCAUGCUGCGCGAGAGCACGUGCGAUGCCCGAUCAAGAGGCUUGACACGGGCGUUUUCUCGCUCAGCUGCCUGGACCACCCGCUGCUCGAGAGCCAUGAUCGGGUAUCAUCCCUCGUGUACGCAACCAAGCUCGAUCGGCUCUUAUGUGCGCCCCCUCUACGUCUCAUUUUCCCUCCGUACGACAAGUUCCUUGACUGGGGCUAUGCGGAUAGCAGCCUGCGCUUCUUUUUCAGCGACAACCACAAACCCGCCGGUCUCUUCGAGAACCUCCACACGGGCCAGAUUUCGUGCGCGUGUUUUGCAGACUCCAAGACACUUAUUACGGCCGGCGAAGACUGCGUGGUGUCGGUGUACACGGUGCACACGGCGCCGGGGAAGCAGGUCGACCUGAUGCCGAGGUCGAGCGUGUUUGGGCACAAGACGCCGGUGACGGCCAUUGCCGUGAGCAAGGCGUUUAGCACCUUUGUGACGGCGUCCUCGGACGGACAGGCGUUUCUGUGGGACCUUAAUCAGCUCUCCUUUAUCCGCAAGCUGCCGCUCGUCCGACAGGUCGAGUGCGCGCGCAUCAACGACGUGUCGGGCGAAAUCAUGCUGUGCUCGGGGCCCAAUGUGCUCCUGUACACGCUCAACGGCACGCUGAUGCUAGACCAAAACGUGUGCGCCGAGCCAGACGACUACGUGCACUCGUGCGCCUUUUACGAAGGCGCCAGCAACGAGUGGCUGGAGAAUUACCUCGUCUUCACGGGCCACAGCAAGGGCCGGGUCAACAUCUGGCGCAGGAGCGUGCUGGGGGGGAAGUGGACGCUGGAGCUGCUGCGGAGGCUGGAUCACGUCGACUGCAAGAGCGACAAGAGGGACAACACCGAGGCUGGAAUUACAUGCAUCACGACGAUGCCGACCUGCCUGUAUACCGGAGACGAUGACGGUCGCGUGUACGAGUGGAACUUUGGGCGAGCGGAUAGAUAG